GCGGGGGCGACUCUUUUCCCAGGUGUUAGCGUUAGUGUUCGAAUUUUUAACGCUACAAUGCCUGAACCCACCAAGUCCGCUCCGGCCCCGAAGAAGGGCUCCAAGAAGGCGGUGACCAAGGCGCAGAAGAAGGAUGGCAAGAAACGCAAGCGCAGUCGCAAGGAGAGUUACUCCGUGUACGUGUACAAAGUGCUGAAGCAGGUCCACCCGGACACCGGCAUCUCGUCCAAGGCUAUGGGCAUCAUGAACUCCUUCGUCAACGACAUCUUCGAGCGCAUUGCGGGCGAGGCGUCGCGCCUGGCGCAUUAUAACAAGCGCUCGACCAUCACUUCCAGAGAGAUCCAGACGGCCGUGCGCCUGCUGCUGCCCGGGGAGCUGGCCAAGCACGCCGUGUCCGAGGGCACCAAGGCUGUCACCAAGUACACCAGCUCCAAGUAAACUUGCCAAGGGAGAGACAUGAGUGCAGAGAAGAAAUGAAUGCAAACAGUAACUGAAAAUGAGAAUCUGGCCGUAGAAGUUAUGAAGUAUGAUGUCUGACCUGCCUGAGAUGAUAGAUUAGUGUGUAUGUCCCACCAAAAUCCUACCCAUCCUGAUUUGCUGCACACUGACUUAUCAAAAGGAGAUCACUACCCGAGUGGAAGAACCUAAACAAGGUGUUUUAGCUUUUUCAUUUUAUUUUUAUUUACAUAAUAAAAACAGAACUUACUUCUGUUACAGGCGUAAUUACUGGGAACUCAUUAUUUACCGUGGACUACCUUUGCUGGGGGAAGUCUGAAAGGAUAGCAAAACAUUUGUAAAUGAGACGCUAUAUUUAAUAAACUCUAUGGAUAAUUGAAA